CAGUCUACUUUUGUUGUUCCUCAAGCGAACGACGCCUCGAGUGUUCAAGUUGCGUGCGAAGCUAAAUCGCGUCUACGACUGGCGCUUUUCAAGCGGUGGUGUUUCGACUCGUGCUCACUGCAUCGCACUGGCCCGUGUGCUCAGCUAGCUAGCUAGCUAGCUAAGUAAUAUCGAAGGCGAUAAUCGCGAUCUCGAAAACGGCAACUGAAUGAUUUUAUGUACGUGUGUAAGUAGUCAGUUUGGUUUGGUAACGAUUAUUGAUUCGUUGCUAGGUCGAGUAACCCCCGCCAUUGUCCUGCACACACGCGCGCGCAAAGCCACGCGAUGAGUUUCGACGUGAAGAAACUGAAAGUGAACGAGUUGAAGGACGAGCUCCAGCGUCGAGGCCUGGACGCAAGAGGCCUGAAGGCAGAUCUGGUGGAGCGGCUCAAGGCGGCGCUGGAGGAGGAAGCCCUCGCGGAAUCACCGGACGCAGGGGGCGAGGAGCAGGGUGACGACGGCGCGGAGGACUACGAAGACGGUGGCGAAGACGUUGGCGAAACCGAAGCGGAGCAAGCUGAGGCGUUCGCUGAAGGUGAUGGCGAUGCGCUGCUGGAGGAAGACGAAGGCAGAGAUUCAGGUGGCUACUACGAAGAAGAGGAGGCCGAACCGGAGGUAGAAUCGGAGCCGUACGAGAGUCAGCCAGCGUCGGACUCCGGCCACAGUGUGCCAGACUUCAGCGCAGAUGCUGACCUUCCCAAAGCCACCAUCACUGAGGCAGUCGUCAAGCUUGAACCGGAUGAAGAGGAAGGCGUCGACAUCAAAGAAGAAAUAAAAGAGGAGAUCAAAACUGAGGACCCUCCAGAGGCGGCGGGUGAUGCGGGGCGCGAGGCCCAUGAGUCCGAGCCGAGUCGCGGACAAGAUGACGACGGUCUGGCAGAGCACAUGAAGGUGGAGUCUGAGAGAAGUGGACAAUACGGCCGAAAGCGACCGUACGAAGAGAGCAGGGGCUACAACUACUAUGAGCACAGAGAGGAUAAGAGGUCUCGCACGCCACAGCCGCCGGCAGAAGAUGAGGAGGAGAACAUUGAUGACACUCUUGUCACUAUCGACACAUACAACUGUGAUCUGCACUUCAAAGUUUCUCGGGAUCGCUACAGCGGCUACCCACUGACCAUCGAGGGCUUCGCAUAUCUGUGGGCGGGAGCGCGAGCCACCCACGGUGUUACCUGUGGACGCGUGUGCUAUGAGAUGAAGAUCAAUGAGGAAAUUCCCGUCAAGCACCUGCCCAGUUCCGAACCGGAUCCACACGUGGUCCGAAUCGGAUGGUCCCUCAACCACUGUAGCACUCAGCUUGGAGAGGAGCCCUUUUCCUUUGGAUAUGGAGGAACCGGAAAGAAAUCAUCGGACUGUAAAUUUGCUGACUACGGAGAAAGAUUUGGGGAAAACGAUGUUAUCGGCUGCUACAUCGACUUUGACCAAGGUGAUGAGGUAGAGAUGGGAUUCUCCAAGAACGGCGUGGAGCUGGGCGUAGCGUUCAAGACCACCAAGGAGGAGCUGGCGGGCCGCGCGCUCUUCCCCCACGUGCUGGUGAAGAACUGCGCCGUGGAGUUCAACUUUGGACAGAAGGAGCCUUACUUCCCCCCGCCCAGCGGCUUUACCUACAUCCACAGUGUUGCACUGGAGGACAAGGUCAGAGGCACCAAGGGACCUGCCAGCAAAGGCGAAUGCGAGAUUCUGAUGAUGGUUGGCCUGCCCGCCUGCGGAAAGACCACCUGGGCUAUCAAGCAUGCAGAGACCAACCCUGAGAAGAAGUACAACAUCCUGGGCACCAAUGCCAUUAUGGAUAAGAUGAAGUUGAUGGGCCUGCGUCGCCAGAGGAACUAUGCCGGCCGCUGGGACGUUCUGAUCCAACAGGCAACGCUGUGUCUUAACCGGUUGAUCGAGAUUGCCGCACGCAAGAGGCGCAACUACAUCCUGGACCAGACAAAUGUAUAUGGAUCAGCAAGGAGACGAAAAAUGCGUCCUUUUGAGGGUUUUCAACGCAAGGCUAUUGUAAUUUGUCCCACGGACGAGGAUUUUAAAGAGCGAACGUUAAAGCAAACCAAUGAGCAGGGGAAGGAUGUGCCCGAUCAUGCUGUGUUAGAAAUGAAAGCCAACUUCACCCUGCCGGAAGCAUGUGACUUCCUGGAGGCGGUCACCUAUGUGGAGCUGCAGUGUGACGAUGCCGAGAAGCUGUUAAAGCAGUACAAUGACGAGGGGCGAAAGGCGGGACCGCCGCCCGACAAGCGAUUUGACAACCGUCAGGGCGGCUACCGCGGCCGCGGCAGCUUCCCGCGCUAUGACAACCGUGACGCGCCCCGUGGAGGCGGCGGAGGCUACCAGAACCGCAGCGGAGACGCGGGAGGUUACAGAGGCUACAAUCGGGGAAGCUACGGUCAGAACCGCUGGGGCGGUAACAGCGGCUACAGAGACGGCGGCUCAGACUCCCGCUCCGGAUAUCGCAGCCAUUCGUCGGGAGGCAGCUACAACCGGCCGGCUCCUUACAACAAGGGGGGCUACAACCAGGGCUACGGCCACAGCUACAACCAGGGCGGCUACAACCAGGGCGGCUACAACCAGAACUAUUACGGCAAUUACAGUCAGUACCCGGGCUACAGCCAGAGCUACAGCCAGCCCGCCGCCGUCGCCUACGGCCACCACCAGCCUCCCCCUCAGCAGCACCAGGCCCCCUCCCAGCAGCACCAGGCCCCGCCUCAGCAGCAGCAACAGCAGCAAAGCUACAACCAGCAAUAUCAGCAAUAUGCGCAGCAGUGGCAGCAGUACUACCAGAACCAGAGCCAGUGGAACCAGUAUUACAGCCAAUAUGGCGGCUACCCUGGACAGGGCAGCCAGGGCUCGUCUUCCGGCUCCCAGUAGUUCUCCACACCAAAGCCCCUUCGCGUGUGUUGACUUAUGCCCCCAUGCCCCUCCUCCUUCUCACCAUCUUGUUUUUUGUCCUCCUUCUUUAUCAGUCUUAUGUAAAGUGGUGGCGUGGUGAUAGAUGCUAGCUCGCCUCAUGCUAACCCUUAAAAUGCUUUUUGGGGAUGAGAGGAGAGGUGGCUUGUCGCAGCAGCAGUAAACAAUUGAUAUGGGGAGGUAGAGAACAAAAGCAUGCUUUUUAACUUUUCUUUUGACUUUUUUUUUUU